AACUCUUCCCCACUGACCUUAAUUAGCUGCUGCCACCUCCAUCAUCAUCUUCUUCUUCUUUUGAUCAGACAAUAAUAAUGAAGAUCCAGUGCGACGUCUGCAACAAACACGAAGCUUCUUUCUUCUGCGUUGCAGACGAUGCCGCCCUUUGCCCGGCUUGUGACCGCAGAGUCCACCACGCCAACAAACUCGCCGGAAAACACCGCCGGUUCUCCCUCCUCCACCCGCCCCAAUCCCCUCUCUGCGACAUCUGCAAGGAGAAAAGAGGAUUCUUGUUCUGCCAGCAGGACAGGGCGAUUCUGUGCACAGAUUGCGACGAUUCCGUGCACAGAUCGAACGAGCACACCAAGAAACACGACAGGUUUCUUCUCUCCGGAGUCAAGAUCUCCGCCGCCUCCCAUCUCUUCUGCUCUCCUCCGCCCUCCAAGUCCCAAGAAUCCUCCAACAAGGCGGCGGCGGCGGUUUCACCUGCCCCUGUUUCCCGCAUCCACCAUGUAGUGGCAGAACCCAAUUGUCAUGGCUUUACGGGCAGCAGCAGCAGUAGUUUAUCAGAGUAUUUGGAGAGCCUGCCCGGUUACGGCGUCGAAGAGCUUCUUGAUUCAUCUUCUCCAUAUUCAAUCUGCCCAUCUAAGAUGGGUGAUAAUGAUGGGCUGUUGUUGCCAUUUUGGGAUGGGGAUAUGGAGAGAAGCCUCUGCGGCACAGAGAAGGAAGGGAUUUGGGGGGUCCCACAGUCAUCAUCAUCUUCAUCAUCUCUUCCAUUUGGUGGUUUUGCAGCAGCUCAAAAUGGGUUCACCAUGAAGUGGACAGAUGACAACUCUUUUGCAGUUCCACAGAUGAGUCCAUCUUCAACUUCUUCUUUCAAGAGACCCAGACAUCAUUUUUGGUAGUCAAGAAGAAAAAACAUUUACAUUAUGUUUGGCUGAAGGAAUUUUAAAGAGAAAAACAAUGGAAAAAGGAAGAAAUGAUAUUUUAAUCAAGAAGAAAUGAACUAAAGAGAAACAGAUUUUCUUGCCGUAUGAUGAAAAAAUGAGAGAAAAUUAAGUACUUUUCUUUUCAUAUUGAAUUUACGAACCAAAGAUAGUGUUGGAAAAAUUUGGUGGUGGAAGUUAAAUCCACCUAGAAUUAGAAAUAGUGAGUAAGAAUAAUAAUAAUCCGGAUUGACAAAACUUUGUAUAGUACAUUCUUGGUAUUCCAAAGACAAUACAAAGACAAUGUUAAUUCAAAUCUAGAUUAUUAUUAUUAUUCCUAAAUGUUGUUCUUAAUUUUUGGUGGAUUUAGCUUUUUAAAAAAGACAUCUGUCACUUGGUAUGAUUCUUGUGCCUUGGCAAAGGCAAAGUAGUAUAGUCUUCAGAUGUUUUGUUCUUGUACAAGAAGUCGUCAUUGUCCACCUUUUAGAGUUGCCUUUUUUCACUUUAUCUUGAACUUAUGUAUUUUGAUAAUACUAUUCUCGAGAACUCCUUAAUUAAGAAUUAAUUGGAAGUUCAAUA